AUGAUGCAGUACUGGUGUAGCGUGGUUCUUCUCGGCGCUGUAUUUAUAACCUCGGACGCUGCCGGUCUCCAGGUGCAGUACCUGGUCAUCCUGCCCAAUGACCCCAGUUUCGGGCCGUCCAUCCCGCGGACGGGCGGCGCGUUGAACUAUAGUCUGCAGCUGGUCAACCGGAAAUACGGCGGCUUAUACGAUAUCCGCUUUACGGCGCUGUACCUGGCGGAACCGGCACGCAGUACCUGCGGGUACUUGAACGGCGCGUCGCCGCGACUACUGGCCGAGCAUUAUUUCCGGGACCAGGUGAAAUCGGACGGGGUCAUGUGCCACGCGGUCAUCAUGGCUGCCUGUUCCAGCCUGCAGAUCCAGAACAUUGCCAGCUUAGCUAGAGAGUUUGGGAUGACGUUGUUCGUCAACGGCAUCGGCUUCCCGGAUUACGUGGACGAGCAGGCGUACCCCAGCUCCAUCAUGAUCGGCGGCACGUACGGCGCCGUGGCGGAGGCGGUGCUGGGCGUGGCCGGGCACUUCGCCUGGCGCCACCUGUCCAUCCUGCGCGACAACGCCACCUUCACGGUGCUCUACUCGCUCUUCGACAAGGGCAUGCACGAGCAGGCCGGACAGCAGCCGCGCGGCGAGGAUACCGGCUUCCGGCUGGAGACACUGCUCUUUAAUGGCACCGACAACGACUCCAUCGAGGUGGCGCUUAUCAGCGCCAGACGCCGCAGUCGAGUGAUCAUCCUCAUGUGCGAUACAUCGGUGGCGCGGCGAGUUUUGGCGUUGGCAGCAGCGCGCGGAUUUGACAACGGCCAAUAUGUGUUUCUCAACGUGCAGGGCAUGCAGCAAGCCGGGUCGUACGGGCGCUUCUCCGAUUUCGACAAUCCAUCACCCGAGCUGCUGAACAUCAGUCGCUCGACGUUCUUCCUGGUGAGCCACACGGAAAGCAAGGGAAAGCACACCACCAACGACUACCUCAUCGCCUACGCCAAGCGGGUCUCCAAUUUCACCUUUCCCGACGACGAAAAGCCGUUGGACGCCUUCGCCGCGCAGAACUCGGUCAACGCGGUGGAAGUGUACGCCAAAAUGGUCACGGAGUCGCUGGUGACGGACGGCGUCCACGCCUGUCGCCAGACCGGGUUCACGCGCGCCGCCGCCGCCAAUAAGACCUUCACCACCUCCUUGGGCCAGGUGCACAUUGACGCCCAACGCACGCACAGUUUAGACGUGGACGUGUAUGCAUUCGACCUUGAUAGUCUGACUAUGCAGCAGUACGCGCUGUACGAUUCGCAAUCGCGCGGCCUGAACCUAACGGACGCCGUGAACAUCAGCUGGCUGGCGGGCGGCGUCCCCCCGGAUGUGCCGGUCUGCGGCUACUCCGACGCCGAAGGACCCUGCGCCGUUACCGGCAGUCCCGGUAUACACACCGUGUGCCUCUUCCCCGUGACCUUUAGCGUGACUAUUUCCGUUGCAGGCGUCAGUCCGCUGACCAUUGUCAUCGCCGUGGUCUGUGGCACGAUCCUGGCCUUCUUCAUGCUCAUCAUCACACAGUACGCGCGCCGCCUGCUGGCUAAUACGCGGCCCUGGUGGCUCAUCUCGGCGGACGAUUUCGCCCGCGACUCCACCGCCAGUCUGAGCAUGAUCUCGGGCAAGAAGUACGCCAUCUGGAAAGGUCAACCAGUGUGGAUCAAGCCGGUGCCGCUGCACGGGAAGCCGGUGUUUCGACAGCUGUGCAGCACCAUCCAGCUGCUGGAGGUACCAUUACUAAUGCAUACGAAAUUAAACAAAAACUGUUCUUGCACCAGAAUGUCAACCGGUUUCACGGCGUCGGCUUCACCCAUCAAGAAAUUCUCCUGA